CUACUAGUUGUCACAUUUAUUUUUUAAUAACUUCUUCAUUCUCUCCAUCUCCAUGAAUAAUAUAGGGAUAAAGCUUCCUUCUUUUCUUCAAAAAAAGGAAAACAAAAAAGAAGACAAAGAAAAAUAUCUAAAUUAUCUCACAAAUGGAAGUUCACUACUAGAAGAACAACUUUCAUUUUCAAAAAAUGGCCACCAAAAACUACCCCUUAGAAGCUUCACUGCAGAAGAAAUCAUCAAUUCAACAAAUGGAUUUCAAGAAAGUGUUGGCCCCUUCUUAUACAAAGGUAAUUUCAAUGAGAAAAAAGUGCUAGUGAAAAAAUACGAGAAAAAAGCUACAAUGAAACGUAAGCAUGACCAUGUCAUACGUGACAUAGUAAUUUCUAGUGAAAUGAGUUACCACAAAAAUGUACUCCAAAUUAUAGGCUAUUGCUUAGAGUUUGAGAGGGUAGCUUUGGUUUAUGAAUAUUCACAAUUUGACUAUCUCUUCAACUGUACUGAAUUCUUGACAUGGGAAAAAAGAGUUAAAAUUGCUAUAGAUAUUGCAAGUGUGAUUCUUUAUCUUCACACUGAAUUUCCAAGAUCAAUUAUUCAUAGGAAUUUAACCUCCAAUAAUGUGAUUUUGGACCAAAAUGGGGUUGUGAAAUUGUACAAUUUUGAAUGUUGUAUACCACUUCCAGUUGGUAAAGUACACGUACAAGAUGAGUUAAUAGGGACAAUUGGUUACUUAGAUCCUGAAUAUGUGUGGUCUAGUAAUGUUACACUAAAAUCAGAUGUUUUUAGCUUUGGUCUGUUUAUGCUUAUGCUGUUGAGUGGGAAAGAAAUUAAGGUAAAUCAUGAGGGAAAAUAUUAUAGUGACGAUUAUGGUUUGAUUUCUUUGGAGAAUUAUGCAUCACUGUGUAUUGAGAACAAUAAGUUAGAGGAUAAUCUUAUUGAUUCCAAGAUUUUGCAAGAGGAACAAAAGAAGUUGAAGGCAUUUUUGAAUUUGGCUUUGAGAUGUGCUAAAAAUGUUGGAGAAAAUAGGCCAAAUAUGAUUGAUGUUGCUAGAGAGCUUCAAAGAAUCAAGAAGGGUGAGUUGCAAGCAUUGUUGCCUACAAUGGAGUGUCUUAUUGACUGGAAUUGAAAUAUUGAAGCAUAGAUUGUUUUUAAUUUCUAUGUGAAGACUAUUAAUUCAUUGAUAUGGGAUAAACAUUGUGAAUAUUUUGUAUAUUUGAGUUGUCGUGUUUUAAUGGAUAUUGUAGAUAUAAAUAA